CUUCAUUCACCCACGCGUGGUGAAGGAAGCCCGCUUACCCACGACAGGGUCUACGACUCCCAUCUCCGUUACCCUAGGGAUGACAAGACCCAGCACUUCUUCGAUCAGACGGUCACCGACCUCCCCUUCUUCCUCACUCUCGAGCCGACUGAGCGUUCCCCGACGUCUCGUCGCCACCGCUCCUCUGCACAUUUCGAUGUGAUGGAGACGGGGUACGACUUCAUUCUCGACACUCCGUGGUCUCGUCGGUUCCGCAACACCGAGGCCGAUUGGACGACCAACACUCUCGUUCUCAAAACGAAGUGUGGACAGACGUAUCGUGUACUUUUCAUAGGUACCACGGCGACACCACGCCCUGAUCCUCCUCCCCCGGAGCCUUCAGUGCCCACACCAUCUCCCUCUGUCACUGUCACCUCGCCUCGGCAGUUCUCUCACUUCAUUCGACAGGACGACGUCACCUUCUUUAUGGUGGACGUGACGGAUCUCUUACACUAUGAUCCACCUUGUCCCGACGCCGAGCUCAUCCCUCUGGAGUCAGAUCCUCCCUCUAUCUCCAUGACUCUCAUCUCUACUUUAGUCCCUCCGCCGUCCGUCGAGUCCACCCUGCCGUCGCGCGCUGACGCUGACGCUGAGGAACUCGCACGAUAUACGGCUGACAUGGAGCCCGCAGUUCGUGACCUCAUCCGAGAGUACCACGACGUUUUCCCAUUGUCGUUCUCGUACGCCGGCAUCCCACCGAUGCCUGACGUCGAGCACUCCAUUCAGCUCGUGCCUGACUAUCGUGUUCACCAGCAGGCACCCUACAGACUCUCGAUCCCUGAGGCCACCGAACUCAAGCGUUAGCUUGAGGAGCUCCUGAGACUGGGUUUUAUUAAACCUAGCAACUCCGCGUGGGGUGCACCUGUCCUCUUUGCUCGCAAAACGGAUAG